AUGACCUUCAGUAAAAUUCUUAUUGCCAAUCGUGGCGAAAUUGCCUGCCGAGUUAUUCGCACUGCGCAACGUCUUGGCCUCCAAUCGGUUGCUGUUUUCUCGGAUGCAGAUCGAGAUUCGCUACAUGUUCGAAUGGCUGAUGAAGCCAUUCAUAUAGGUCCAGCAGCAGCUCUGCAAAGUUAUCUACGUAAAGAUAGAAUUAUCGAUGCAGCUAAAAAGACCAAUGCACAAGCGAUUCAUCCCGGUUAUGGCUUUCUCUCUGAAAACUAUGAAUUUUGUACGAUGUGUAAAGAAAAUAAUCUCAUAUUUAUUGGCCCACCACCAAAUGCAAUUCGCGACAUGGGUAUUAAGAAUUUAAGUAAAAUCAUUAUGCAUGACGCGAAUGUUCCGGUUAUUUUUGGUUAUCAUGGUGAAGAUCAAUCAGAUGCAACACUGAUCAGCGAAGCGAAGAAAAUCGGCUAUCCGAUCAUGAUUAAAGCUGUACGAGGAGGUGGAGGAAAAGGUAUGCGUAUCGCAUUGCGCGAAAGUGAAUUUAUGGAUAAAUUGAACGAAGCCAAGUCGGAAUCAAAGAAAUCGUUCAAUGACGAUUCAGUUUUACUCGAGAAAUUUAUUCAACGUCCUCGUCACGUGGAAGUACAAGUGUUCGGUGAUAUGCAUCAGAAUUAUGUUUAUCUUUUUGAACGUGAUUGUAGUGUCCAACGAAGACAUCAAAAAAUCAUAGAAGAAGCUCCUGCUCCGGGUUUGGAUUGGUCAACACGUAAGAAACUAGGCGAAGCUGCUGUCAAAGCCGCUCGUGCAGUUAACUACGUCGGUGCAGGAACUGUCGAGUUCAUCAUGGAUGAAAAUCAGAAUUUCUAUUUUAUGGAAAUGAAUACACGUUUACAAGUUGAGCAUCCGAUCACCGAGAUGAUCACUGGCACCGAUCUUGUUGAAUGGCAAAUCAAAGUUGCUCAAGGGGAAGUUUUACCAAUGAAGCAAGAGGCGAUCAAACUUAAUGGUCAUGCAUUCGAAGCGCGUAUCUAUGCUGAAGAGCCAGAAAACGAAUUCAUGCCUGGUAGUGGUCGAUUGACUUAUCUUCGAACACCUCCAACAGGUGAAGACGGCAAAAUUCGUGUUGAAACUGGUGUCGUUGAAGGUGAUGAAGUAUCUGUACAUUACGAUCCGAUGAUUGCCAAACUAGUCGCUUGGUCAACGAAUCGCACAAGCGCUCUACAAAAACUUCGUAAUGCCCUACAGCAGUACUAUAUUGGUGGCUUGAAAACGAAUAUUCCAUUCUUAAUGUCUCUAUGCGAUAAUAAACAAUUUCAAUUGGGAAAUGUACACACUGAUUUUAUCAAAGAAAACAAAGAUGCUCUAUUUCAUCUACAACAAAUAACGCCAACUAUCGCCGUUGCUGCUGCUUCUGCAUUUAUCAAUUCUCAACAACAAACGCAUUAUAGUUCAAACGGUGCGCCAACAUUAUUUUCAGUAGCUAAUAGUUCCUUUCGUCCGAAUUUCUUACAGAAACAAUCGUUGUCAUUAACCUACGAUAAGAAAGAGUAUAAGUUCGAAAUCGAACGUAUUAAUAGUUCAAAUUUACUUAUCACUUACGACAAUAAAACAUAUCCAGUAGAGAUUCGCCCUGUUAACGACGAGCUUGUUCUUCUCAUCGAUGGUCAUCAAUUUCGAUGUCGCAUGCACAUCGAUGGUGACACAUGUACAUUCUAUUCGAAUGUUAGUCGUAGUUCAUUUGAUUUCAAAAUUCAUCCACCAUCGUUUCUUGCUCAACUUGCUUCAUCGGGUAUGGGCGGUGUUGCUGGUUCGUCUGUUGCAUCGGGUGAUCCCGUUGCCCCUAUGCCGGGCAUCAUCGAUAAAGUUCUUGUUCAAGACGGUGCAAAAGUCACUAAAGGACAACCAUUGUUAGUGAUGACUGCGAUGAAAAUGGAACAUGUUAUUAAAGCAAGUAAAGAUGGUAUUGUCGGAAAGAUUAACGCUGCGGUCGGUAAAGUCGUGAAGAAAGGCGAUGUUCUAUUGACUUAUGUUGCCGAUGAUAAAAAUACCAAGACAUAG